AUUUAAAAACUAGCCAAAAAACCAUACCCACCAAAUUCUAAAACGGCACCUCCUCCUCCUCUUCUUCCUCCUCCUCCUCCUCCUCCUCCCUCCUCUUCUUCUUCUUAUAUCUUCAAGCCCACGAACCCUAAUUAUGUACGAUAGUCAUACAUCAUAUAUUCCCAAGAAAGAGAUAUAAAAGGAAAGAGAGAAAAUCCCCCGGCCCUCCUUCCACCCAGAAAAAAAAAAAGAACAAAUGAGUGCAAACCCUAGUAGUAGUGGUGGAAGUGGUGGCGGAGGAAGCAGCAGCAGCGGUGGCGGCGGAGGGCCAUGCGGGGCGUGCAAGUUUUUGCGGAGGAAGUGUGUUCCCGGCUGUAUAUUUGCGCCUUACUUUGACUCGGAGCAAGGGGCAGCCCAUUUCGCAGCCGUGCACAAGGUGUUUGGGGCUAGCAACGUUUCCAAGCUUCUUUUGCAUAUUCCGGUGCAUAAGCGGCUCGAUGCGGUGGUAACAAUAUGUUAUGAGGCACAGGCUCGGCUUAGAGAUCCGGUAUACGGCUGUGUUGCUCACAUCUUCGCUCUUCAACAACAGGUGGUGAAUUUACAAGCAGAACUCUCGUACUUACAAGCCCACCUUGCAACAUUGGAGCUACCAUCGCCGCCGCCGCCGUCUCAUCAACAACCAACAAUGAUUGCGCCACCACCACUUUCCAUCGCCGAUCUCCCUUCAGCUUCCUCCAUGCCUGUUACGUACGAUUUAUCAUCGCUUUUUGAUCCCAUGGUGCAACCCUCAUGGGUCAUGCAACAGCGACCUAUGGAUCCACGCCAAUUAGGAGGCAGUGGUUCAUUAUCUGCUAGUGGCAGUACUGAUCACCUCCAAGCAUUAAUGGCACGCGAACUCCUCCAUAGACAUGGUUCUCCACCGCCCGGGACAGUGCCGUGCUCAACUCCUUCACCAUCACCAUCUCUCUCCAAAUGAGACGACUCAUGAUCAUGACCUUAUUAAUUACAAGCACUCGAUCUCCCUUGAUUGGUGCUUCAUGACCACCUUAUGCUGGGAAGAGAUCAUCAGAUCGAGCUUGGUUUUCACGUUAUAUUGGGCAUGCACGUAAUUUUAGUACUGAGCUAUAAUAUUACUUUUAUUUUAACUACUUAGAUAAAUUCAAUUUAGUUAAUUUACGUA